UACAUAUAAAAAUUAUCAACUUCUUCUUUCAUUUAUUGCUCAUGAAUUGAGUGAUAGUUUCAAUUCUUUGGUGCAACAAUAAAACAAAUUGUUGUUAGUUUUCGUCUUUAUUAUAUUAGCGCAAAAAAAGAAACAAGAAGAAAAAACGAUGAAGACAAUUCUUUGGUGUUUGAUAAUAAAAAUUUUGAUUAUUAACGGAUCGUCAGUGGAGGAUUUUUUCUUCAAGAAUAAUGAACAAAAUUAUGAAACUUCGAAUGAAGAAUUCCAACUUUGUAAAGAUCAGCAACUAUCUUUAAAUUUUUCCAACGCAGUCGUAACAAAAAUUUCAGCAAAUUUUCUCGCAAGUACAUUAGUUUCUUGUUUGAAAAUGAAUAACAAUAGCAUUACAGAUUUAUCAUCUUCAGCUUUUGAUAAAAUUCCAAAUUUAACUUAUUUAAAUCUUGCCAAUAAUUCGAUUGGAAAAGAAGAACUUUUGCUUAGAGGGAAUUUUAAAAAUUUGAAGAUACUUAUUUUAGACAAUGCUUAUUAUUAUCGUUGGAGUGAAUUUAGAUUAACUUUUGGAGGAAAUUAUCCCUCUCUUGUAAAGCUCUAUCUGAGAAGUAAUAAAAUAAGAUCGGUAGACAUGGUCUACAAAAAUAAUUAUGAAGGGAAUUUUUCAAAAUUAACACAUUUAUAUUUAAAUAAUAAUUCACUUUUAAAUUUUUAUAAUGAUGAGCUGUUCUCAAAGGAAUUUAUAUCUCUAAAGUUUGUUAAUUUGGACAAUAAUGAUAUGAGUUAUGUUUACAUUGAUCUACCAGAAAUCGAAUUUCUCUCCUUUGAUUAUAAUCGAGUUUCGUCAUUGACCUUAAAAAGAACAAAAAAACUAGAAAAACUGUCCGCAGAACAUAAUCAAUUAUACACAUUUACUAAAGAAUCUUUAGAAGAAUGUGAAAAAUUGAAAACUUUGAACUUAAAGAACAAUAGAAUUUCUAAAUUAAGUAAAACAAUUUUAGAAAGAUGCAAUUCAUUGGAGUAUUUGAAUUUAGAUAACAAUGAAAUAAGUGAGAUUCCAGAAAUAUAUUCAACUUCAUAUUUAAAGAGAUUUUUAUUGCGAUGCAAUAAAAUUGAUUCUUUGCGUUCAGACACUUUUUCUCUGAUGCCACAUUUAAUUGUACUUGGUCUAGAUGGAAAUAGUAUUUUUAACAUUGAAACUGAUACAUUUUCAACACUUGUCAAUUUACAAAGUCUCACUCUUGGUAAUAAUGAACUUGCAAAUUUACCUGAAAAUUGGUCGCAAAAUUUGAAAAUGUUGCAGAAUUUAAAUUUAGAAGGAAAUCAAUUCAAAAUGUUAGAAGAUUUGUCUCUAACACAGAAAGAUGUAAUUUUAAACUUGAAUCUCACUAAUAAUCCUCUUAAACAACUGACGACGAAUUCUUUUAUGGUAAUACCCGAAAAUGCUACAGUUUAUUUGAAUUUUAAUGCUAUUCGAGUUGAAAGUUGUUUAAGGAAUAAUUAUUGAUAUUGAUACUUUAGGAUUUGUAAUAAUGUAUUUAACACGUAGAAAUACGAUUUUUCAAGAAAAAAAAGUUUUACUUUUAAAAACUGUUUUUAUCCU